CCAACAUUCAUCUCACACUCCCAUUCCACUCUCCCACACACCUUACAAUGACAAGGACACAGCACCAGCUGCAUCCCACAAAGUCCUUUCCCGUCUACUGUCUUGACUGGACCGACGACUCGACGCUCCUGCUCGGCGGCGGCGGCGGCGCGACUAAGAGCGGCAUUGGGAACAAGCUGAAACUCAUCGAUGUGUCGCGGGACGGGCGCCGCGUCAAGGACGUGUAUGAGCUCGGCCUGAGUAGCGAGGAAGACGCGCCGAUGACGCUGGCGCUGGACCGUGCUACUGCGCAGCUCGUCACCGGCAUCAACGCGUCUCAGGCGACCAUCGAGGGCGGCGCGAACGAGCAGUGCCGCGUAUUUUCGUACAAAGAUAACAAACUUUCCUUCAUCCGGGCGCAGAACACCAUCAAUGCCAAGUGGUCGGAUGACUAUCCAUAUCAGAAACUCACUGCCCUUUCCAUUCCGCCCAAUGAGGGUGCAUCUGCGUCAUUCGUCGCUACGGGCACAACGGACAAUCAGGUUGCUGUGCUCACGUUCCCAUCUCUCGAGGUCGUUUUACCCCCCUUCAGUGUCGACGGCGGAGACCUUGUCGACCUCGACUGGGGAGGGCCGCAGGGCGCAUGGCUCGCCAUCACGACGUCGUCGCAGCUGGCAAUUUACGCUUUCUCGCAAGGGAAGCUUGAGCUAAUGCAGACGAUCCCGGCGCCCAAGGGCGAGGAUGCGGUGCUGGCGUUCCGUGCUGCUCGCUUCGCGCUCAACUCGCCUGAGCGUCCGGCACUUCUUGCAGCAUUAAAUUCAGCCAUGCCUCCUCGCCGCGAUGUGCGGCGUAAGGCUCGCAAGGCGUACAUCGCCAAGUUUGAGCCUUCGGCCGCAGAGAUGGGGGAAGCGGAGAAGCAGGAGGUUUUGGACGAGAAGGCCGACAACUCGAAUCCUUCCAUCACAUGGAAGUUUGCCAACAAGCGGGAGGUCGCCGGCAAGCCUAUCACAGUACUCGAUGUGAGUGCUGACGGGCGCCUCGUUUCCUUCGGCUGCUCCGACCUCUCGAUCGGCAUGCUCGAUGCGCACACACUAUCGCCGCUUCUCAAGAUUCUGCACGCCCACUCGUUCCCGCCCACCGCAUUGAAGUUCAACCCGUCUGCGACACUGCUCGUGUCAGCAAGCGCCGACAACACUAUCCGCACGCUCGUCGUGCCUAAGAGCUUCGGCGCCAGUGUGCCUUCGACCCUCGUUAUUCUCGUUCUCGCUUUGUUGGUGUUUGUAUUGGCCAUCCUUCUUCGGAAGUAGUAGCAAUAGAUCAGGAUGUAUACAAAAAUCGUGGCCGUGA